AUGUUCUUCUCUGGGACGGCUAUUAUUGAUAAAACCAACUCUAGUGGGUUUGGCCACCAGAGAGAGGUCCCCUGGGUUGCUAUGUAUACAUCCUAUUACCCGAUGGAGCAGGUAUUACCUAGCGGGAAGCACGUUCGUGCCAAUCAACAGUCCCAGUCUAUAGCAUACUCGCUCGAUAAAGGGAUGACAUGGGUCCCAUACGAUGCUGGUAACCCUGUGAUCUUGAACCCUCCUGCCCCAUAUCAAGAUCAGUUCUUGGAGUUCCGGGACCCUAGUGUCUUCUGGCAUAAGGAUACUCAGCAAUGGGUUGCAGUUAUCAGCCUAGCAAAACUGCAUAAGGUUCUAAUCUACACAUCCCAUAACCUUAAGGAAUGGGACCUGGCUAGUGAGUUUGGGCCAGCUAACGCUGUUGGUGGGGUCUGGGAAUGCCCAAGCAUCUUCCCUCUGCCUCUAGAUGGUGGGCCCGAAAAAUGGGUUCUGAUGCUUGGUCUUAACCCUGGGGGACCUCCAGGCACCAUCGGAUCUGGAACGCAAUAUAUAGUAGGGAGCUUCAAUGGCACUACAUUUACUGCAGACAGCGAUAGUGUCUAUGAGAGUGAACCUCCCGGUGUUAUCUUUGAGGACUUCGAAGGUAAUAAGGAUCUUACUGCUCGUGGCUGGACGACUACCUCUGAUUUUGUUGGCAUGCUCCCGGCAAAUGGCACCCUUGCUGGACAGAAUACGGUGACCGGAUUCAAGGGAAAGCAGCUUCUGAACACAUUCCUGAACGGUGAUGCCUCAACUGGAACUAUCACGUCCAAACCAUUCAAUAUCUCACACCGAUACAUCAACUUUCUGAUCGGAGGAGGGAGCAACAUCAACCAAACUGCGAUACGACUGCUGGUCGACGGGCAAUCCGUCCAUGCCUCCGCCGGCUCCGAUAGCGAAGCGCUUUCAUGGCAAAGCUGGGACGUAAACGCCCUCCAGGGGAAGAGCGGUACAAUCGAGAUUAUUGACCACACCACCGACGCCUGGGGUCAUAUUAACGUCGAUGAGGUGUCAUUUUCCAACACACGCGCCAACACCCAGGUCGCUAACUGGCUCGACUGGGGCCCGGACUUUUACGCGGUGCUAGGGUGGAAUGGUCGUCCUCAGCACGACCGAACGGUGAUCGCGUGGAUGAACAAUUGGCAAUAUGGAGGUAAAAUCCCGACAGACCCUUGGCGCAGUGCAAUGACAGUCCCCCGGCAGCUUGCACUAAAGACAAUCCACGGCAAGGCCACAUUGGUGCAGGAGCCAGUGGGAAAGUGGAAGUCAAUCACGGACGGUGGUAAGAAGUCUACAUUCCCCCGUGUGGAUGGCGUGCGCGAGCUCGGCCGGAUCGGAAAGACACUGCAGAUUGACCUGUCAUUCUCCAGCGAACAGCUGUUUUGUUCUAGUGAUGCUUGCGAGUUUGGAAUUGCUGUUGCUGCAACUAAGAACUACACUCAGCAGACACGGGUCGGCUAUAAUUUCAACACCCAGGAAGCUUUCCUUGACCGAUCACAAUCAGGAUACGUGUCCUUUGAUACUACUUUUGCGAGUAUAUACUCUGCACCCCUAUCUCCUUCGGCAAACGGGACUAUCAUCUUACAGAUCUAUGUGGAUUGGUCAAGCGUCGAGGUCUUUGGGGGACAGGGCGAAUCCACGAUUACUAGCCAGAUUUUUCCUUCUGCUGAGGCUGUGUACGGCCGACUCUUCUCUACUGGUGGUACCACAAGCAAUGUCAAGCUGGCGGUAAAGGAAUUGCUCUCGACGUGGCGCUAG